GGUUGGACGUGCUGUGCUGGUCAUUGAAUACCAAAGAACAAAUUAGGUGUAAUAAAAGGUGAAAGAACUUCGAGCAUCUUUGCAAUGCCAAGACCCAGUGCGCAACAAGUGGAAUUACGCCCUUACGGCGAACAAUAACAAAAGCACCAACAAUCGCGCGAUGUCAGCUGUUGGGCGUGAGAGAGCGAAUCUCAGACGGAUUGAAAACUUCAGCAGCAGCAUCAUCACCAUCAUCAUAAGCCGCAGAGCAAUGGCCGCCAUUGGCAACCUCAAUGCAAACUGUGAAAUGUGACAAAUUGUGCUUCAUCGGAGGAUCCGCGGAAACAAGUUUACAUUUCGUCUCGUCGGUGAGCAUUUCUCCCGUGACCCAGAGUUUCCACAUGAUUCGGAACCGGCGCCAAAGAAAUCGAAGCAAUGUUCGAUGAUAUUAAAAUGUGCCUGCUGGAUCUGAUCAAGGUGAGCCCCAAGUCGAAGAAGUCCCUCAAAGACAUGUCGGCAGGCUACUCGGCGGAUUUCAUGAAAAAGUACAACGACAUCAACAUCAUACACUUCAACGAGAACAUGUCGAUGGUCAACAAGCUGGACAAUAUUCGAUUCUCUCCUUCGAACUACACCAACCUGUUCAAGACGAAUCCGCUGCUGGAGGGCAAAAGAAGUAAAUCUUUCCGCGAAUGGGGCGUGGAAAGUGCCAGUUUUGAAUUUUCCUCCGACGAUCGUGACACGUUAACGAUGACGAGCUGUUCGCACUACUCGACCGAGGCCACCGAGAAUUACCAUUUGCUGAGGUCGGUUUCGCAGCACAGCAAUGAUGGAAACUCGAGGGAGCUUUCGGACUUCGGAGGAGUUGCCGGCGGUGUAGAUCUCGAUGACGAUGAUGACGACGAAGACGAUGACGAUGGAAUCAUCAUUAACCACCUCAGCCUGGAAGACUGCUUCGCCGGUGGGCUGGUAUCGCAGUUGGACUCGUUUUGUACACUUUGCACCUCUUCGUUCAGCUUUAGCAACUGCAAUAACUGCGAGAAAUCUGGCUGCGGCUCGAAAUGUAGCGGAGAAGAAAGCACCAUUGGUGAUGCCGAAGUUGGUUGCGUUUGCCACGCGAAGCACGGGUAA